CGGAACGGACCCGGAUUUUUAUCCGGCCAAAGAUUGUCAACUCGGUAGCAUUUCUACCUACAUCUGAAUUACGUUAGAAAUGUUUUCUGCCGCCACAACGCUACAGUCUCUGUUGUUGAGACUGAUCGGACAAAAAUCUUUAUCUGUGUUCAAAAAACAUCCGAGUAGUAUUAAAAGCGGGCUACCUUCACAAAAUAUUUUAAAGGCUCUACCGAACCUUAAAAAAGCUUUGCGCAAAAUCUAAAUUUUAUCAAACUUUCACAAUUGGACGCCCCUAACGCUUAAGCUUUAAGCUUACAGCUUUAUUACCAAUAUACAACAACAAAAGUCACCAACAGAACAAACUUUUGCCGCCGAUAAUUAUCAGUGCUGAAACCACCAACAUUUGUUACAUCAAUGCACACACACAUCAGUGCACACUGCAAGCCGGUACAAACGAAAUUACCACUGACAACGAGCAACACAUAUCUUAUCGGAAACACAUAAAGUAGAAAAGGCACAAAGCAACAAAUUAAUCACUAAACAUUUGAUUAAAUAGUAUAAAGAUCACAAGCAGUAAAAUUGGAUUUGUUGAUACAUUAAUUUUCACUUUGCAAGCCAAAUUUUAUUAGUAUUUUAGCAGCCGGCAAACAAGCGAAGCCCAGUUUUUGGCACAUUGCAAGAAUGGCUACUGUGACCUAUGAAGAAGUCAAAGAUGUGCCCAAUCAGCUGAACACUUUUGUGAUUGAUGUUAGAAACAAGGACGAGUUGGCCAGAACUGGCGUGAUACCAGGAGCUAUUAGCGUGCCAAUGCCCGACCUGGAGGCCGCCUUUCAAAUGUCUGAAAAUGAUUUCAAAACUGCAUUUAAUCGCGACAAGCCGAGCACAGAGACAGUAUUGAUAUUCUCUUGUCAGGCUGGUGGGCGCGCUAAGAGAGCUUACGACUUGGCGCUAGCAAAUGGUUACAAAAACGCGAAAUACUACCCCGGCUCUUGGACUGAGUGGGCUGAAAAGGAGGGUUUGAAUAAGGCUUAAGUUGGCGCAAACGCAUAACAAAAAUGAAAUUACACUUGAAAAUAAUAUGCUUAGAACGCGUAUGUAAUAGACAAAGUAGCUUAAAAAGUUGAAAAAGUUAAAACAUAUCAAAUAUGCUUAGUAGUAACAUAUACUCGUAUAAUAAUCACUGCGUUGCCGCACUAUUGCAUGCUUACAAUCAAAAGCUAAUCAUAGCUAUAAUCGCUCUCUAUUGCAUUUAAAGUAGUACGAGUAGUAUACAAUUACUGUAGUGAGUUUAUUGAAUAAAUUACAAGUAUAUAAAUAAUUUGUGUCACUUAAUGAAUGGAAUAGAAAAAUUGACAAAA